AUGGCCGACUCGGACGAGCGGCUGGCCGAACGUACGGCGGCGAUGCGGCUGGACAGCGCACCGUCCCCCUCGCGUCCGGCAGACCUGGAGAUCCUGAUCCCCAACCCCUUCGAGCGCAGAGACGACGAAGGCCACGGUGCGAGUAACGCCGAGAUGCCUACGGCGAGCCCGAGGCAAGGACCAAGGGAUGGAAGGAUCGCGGCGGCGCCGGCGCUGCCGCAGCCCCCGAUGCACUCGGGGCGCACCAUGCAAGACCGGCGCGACUUCAUGCACAAGUACGAGGGCUACUUGGUGAAGGUGAACGCGCUGCAGACGGAGUGGACAGCAGCGCUGGCCAUGCCCGUGAGCGCAUGUAUCGAGACGGAUACACGACGCAUGAUCGCUCGCUGGGAGUUCAGCGGAGCCUCACCCGAGACGAUCACGGAGGAGCAGUGGAAGGACUACUUUCGCCAGGCUCUGGUGCCUACCUUUGUGGACUACGCGUCGAUCGACACGGCCAUGAAGUCCCUGAAGAUGCAGACGAAGUGGCCGGAGUCUGAGAGUCGCAUGAUGCACUUGCAGGCCGACAUGGAGGCCAUCCUCAACCGCUUCAACGUCACGGACCUGGCGUUCAAGCACGAGCUGCGCCGCCUGGUCGGCUACCUGACGAAGGCUCUCGAACCUGUGAGCUUCCGCGAAGUCGUGGCGACCAAGCUGACGCUGCAGGAGUUCAAGCCGUUGAAGAACGACGCCAUCGGCUUCUGCAAGUACGUCGUGGAGCUCAUGCGGGGCUUCAUGACCUGGGAGCAUGCAGCCGAAGCUGCUGCCCGCUCCAGCACUAGCAGCUCUGGCGGGCGGGGCGGCGGUCGUACCAGCACUACCCACUCUGGCAGCCGAAGCGGCGGAGGUCGUGGCAGUGGAGAUACAAGCGCCGGGCAGUCCGGUGGUGGUAGUCAAGCCGGUGGCGAUGCCAGUAACCGGACCAGUGGACGCGGCAGCGGCGGACGUGGAGGUAACCGGAGUGGACGUGGAGGCGCAGAUGGUCGUGGUGGCGGAGCUGGAGGCCCGCCUGUCGGAAAAGGAGGGCCGGACGGCGCCGCACGACCUCGCGGUACCUGCCUCAAGUGUGGCUCGACGCAGCAUCAAGUCCUGAGCUGCCCAGACACCCAACCCGGUGAGGCCGAGCGCCUGCUGGCGGAACUGCGCGCGCGGCGUGCGGCUCCUAUAAUUACCUUGCGUCGAGUCGAGACCGUGGCCGAGCCUGGCCAUGAAGCUGCGGCAGCGACAGAGCCAUCAGGCGCAGUUGAAGCGCGAGUGGAUGGACUGAAGGUCCACGCUCUCCUCCUCGAUACGGGGGCCGACGAGUCGUUGGUCGCCCAGGGCGUCGUGGACGCCAUCAAGGCCCGCGGAACACCGGUCUUCUUGCGCCGCGCACACUGUCGCCGAUCGGAGGCAAGGACUUCGUCGUCCAUCAGGCAGUAA